CACAAACUUUCAAUCUUGCGAGAUCUCAUCGCUUUGGAGGAGCUCUUAGAUUCCAAUUUGUAUCUGAAUUUUGUAGAAAUUAAAUAGGAGAAGAAGUGAGGAUGAACGGUUACGAUGGUGUUACGGAAUGGGAGAUGGGGCUACCUAGCGACGACGAUUUAGCUUCCCUUUCUUACUCUCUUAUCCCUCCGAAUCUCGCCAUGGCUUUCAGCAUCACACCGGAGAAAAGCCGCACCAUCCACGAUGUUAAUCACGCAUCGGAGACGACUCUCUCCUCCCUCCGCGGCGGAUCUUCCGGUCCAAACACGGCGGAGGUGGAGGAGGAGGAGGAGGAGGAAGAUCGAGUAGGAUCGAGCAGUCCCGGAUCAGAUUCCAAGAAACAAAAGACAUCAGAUGAAGUAGUGGUCGAGGAAGGAGACUCAGGAACCGAAGAUCUUACCGGGAAGACACAGAAACGGCAGCGUUUAGUGUGGACGCCGCAGCUGCAUAAGAGAUUCGUGGACGUGGUGGCUCACUUAGGGAUCAAAAACGCAGUUCCCAAGACGAUCAUGCAGCUCAUGAACGUGGAAGGGUUGACUCGUGAGAACGUAGCGUCUCACCUUCAGAAGUAUAGACUCUACCUCAAAAGGAUGCAAGGGUUGACGACGGAAGAAGGUCCUUCUCCUUCGGAUAAGCUCUUCUCAUCGACGCCUGUGCCUCCACAGAGCUUCGGUAACGGUUACCAAGGUGGUUCGAUGAUGCAGAUGCCAGUCUAUGCGCAUCAUAUGGGUAUGCAAGGGUAUCAUCAUCAGAGUCGGGGUCAUGAUCCUUAUCAUCAGAACCGUAAUCAUAAUCAUGGAAGUGGUGGUGGUGGAGCUGUGAAUGGGUAUAUGAUGCAGCAGAAUAAGUUUGGAUCCAUGGCGUCGUAUCCUCCUGUUGGAGGUGGGAGUGCUAAUGAGAAUUAAAAUGAAUAUGAAUAGGUUUUUUUAAUACGAGUUUUCUAAGCCUAUCGUCAUCACUGCAUCUACAUAGGAGUCUCUAGACCAAAGAGUAUUCUUGGAGAACAAUGCAUACUUGAAGACCUUCUAACUAGUUUCAUGUACUGAUUUCUAUAUUGUAAUGUGAGGUAAAAGUCUCUUUCCUUUCUUACAAAGAUAAUCAGGAGAGCUGCUGUCGUAAUUCUCAGCAUUCUUAACUGUUUAUUUCUAUUUGGAAUGGCGUCAGA